AUGAGAAUUGACCGUUUUCGCUCCGCCUGGGGAAUUGCCCCGGGGUCUAACUUGGACAAUUGGGCUCAGAUUUUCCCGCAAUUGAAAGCGCAUGGAUACAGUGGCGUUGAAGUAGAUAUCCACCCACUGGAACCAAGCAGGGACUUCCCGCGACUGAAGGAAAUUUGUGACCAGACUGGCCUUGAAAUUGGGUUGAUGAUUCACUCGUCCUGGUUCCAAUAUCUCGGUCCUCGCCCGGCAAACACAAAAGCAGACCACCAUCUGACAAACUACCGAAACCUCCUCCAAUUGGUCCAACAAUUGAAGCCCUCGUAUAUGAACUUCCAAUCUGGAGAGGAUCUUUGGGAUGUGGAAGAGUCUAUUAAAUUCUACAAGGGCACGCUAGAUAUUGACAAGGAGCUCGGAGUCUUCGGUCGAGUGUGGCAUGAAACACACCGCAACCGAUCCCUUUUCACACCGUAUGCCACACGGCGCAUCCUAGAAGCUGUUCCGGAGCUCCGAAUUAACGCCGAUUUCUCCCACUGGAUGGUUGGAUGUGAGAGAGUCCUAGAUGUCAGCGAGGGCGACAAGAUAAUGAUGAACGCAAUCAUUCCACACGUGUACCACAUCCACGCACGAAUCGGAACAACACAAGCAUCGCAAUGCCCGGAGCCUACCAACCCCGUCUUUAAAGAAGAGAGGGAAUGCUUCGAGAGAAUCUGGAAACAAGUUAUCCAGACUCGGGCCAAAGACUCUGGUCCGGAUUCGAGACUUAUUUUUGUUCCGGAAUAUGGACCAUUCCCGUAUCAUCCGAUCGGCAGCGCUAAGACUCAUGGCGAGGUUGCGGAUGAGGAGGGUAAACGUUUGGAGGUUUUGUUUAGGGAGUAUGCUGGAAGUUUGGCUGACGCUUGA